GCUCGAAACACAAACCACAAGCAGUGAUUCGUUUCCUGUUUCAUAAAAUCCUGCACUUUUUCCUCUUUAUUUUGCAGCUUUUGAGCCCUUCUUCACAGACAAGAAGCCCCACCUCCUGUUUGGUUCCUUGAUAAUCUCUCUGUUUGUUUCUUUGUCCUAAACGAGAAGCCAUGAAAGCGUCGAUGAGAGACAACCCAUCUUUCUCUUCAACUCUACUUGACAAAAUCUACCGUUCAAUCGACGACGGCGAAACCAAAACUGAAGACCUGAGAUUUUACGGCGAGACUAUACUGAGGAAACAAAGGUUGUCGAGUUUCCAACGAACUUGUUUGAUCGAGAAAUGGAUGGAGAAGAAGGUUAGUGAAAAGGUAAAUGCGGAUAAGAAACAUGUUUUCUCUGAUUCUGAGUUUGUAAGAAAAACACAUCAUAAACAUGAACAUGGAGAUGAUCAUGAUCGUGACGGUGUUUUGUUUAGCUCUACUUCGAUCUCUUCUGAUUCAAGUUCCGGUGGGUUUUCGUUUUCAUCAUCUGACACCGAAUCCAUGUAUUGUACGAAAACCCAAACUCCGUCGUGUUUUGUUCGACCAUGGCCGAAACCAGUCAAGACCAGAGUGUCGGCGACGGCGGCAGAGGCUCAACCCGACAAGCCAUUCAAGACGGAACACAGGGCGGCCGAGAAAAUCCACGGCGAUUCAAAUAAGGCGAAACAACGACCACGACAACCACCAGUUUCGCCUGGCGGUCGACUCGCGAGUUUCAUUAAUUCUUUGUUCACGACAAGCAAUACAAAGAAAUCCAGAAGUUCAUCAUCAACACCAGCAUUAUCUUCAACCGUGUCCGUAGCAAGCCACAAACAAAAGCAUCAUGUCUCGUGUUCUUCGGCUUCAUCGUUUUCGAGAUCGUGUCUAAGCAAGUGCUCGCCGUUGACGCACGAAAAGCUGCCUGACGGUGCCAAAAGAACAGUCCAGUUCUGUCCCGUCAGCGUAAUCGUCGACGAAGACAGCAGACCGCGCGGACAAAGAGAAACAGGGAAACCGCCGUCGAGAAAGUACGACCAAGAGAUAAAGUUUCAGACAAUGGAGAGAGCAAGGCGAGUCGAAGAAAUGGCAAGAGAGUUUCUGAAAGAGUAUAAACUAUAUAAAGAGAAAAACGAGUUCAUUUCAAGGGAUUCUCGCAUAAAUUAUGUACACCAUGAAGACGAAGACGAAGAUGAUGUGAGUAGCUGUUCGAGUUCGGAUCUGUUCGAGUUAGAUCACCAUGUUCUUUCGCGUAAUCAUAGGUACGAGGAAGAACUGCCGGUGUAUGAAACUACCCGUGUCGAAACAAAUCGAGCCAUUGUAAUGGCUUGAUAGUUUAGUUUUU